AUGGACCCAUUACAAAGUAGCAGUAGGUCCAUGGAUGAAGAUGAUGACAAUGAUGAUGGUAAUAUUGAUCAUGAUGAUAUUGACGAUGAUAUUCAUAACGAUGGUAAUGAUGAUGAGGAGGAUGUUGAUAAUGGUAUUAAUGAUGAGAAGAAAGGUGAUAAUGGUAUUAAUGAUGAUGAGAAGGAUUGUGAUAUUGGUAUUAUAAUGAUGAGAAGGAUGGUGAUAGUGCAUGGUGAUAAUGGUAUUAAUGAUGAGGAGGAUGGUGAUAAUGGUAUUAGUGAUGAGGAGGAGGAUGGUGAUAAUGGUAUUAGUGAUGAUGAGGAGGAUGGUGAUAAUGAUGAGGAGGAUUGUGAUAAUGGUAUUAUUGAUGAGGAGGAUUGUGAUAAUGGUAUUAUUGAUGAGGAGCUAGGAUGGUGA